AUGGAGACCAACGGUGAUCCGAAUUCUUCGUUGUUGGGUCCACCUGGUCCUACCAUGAUUUCAGGGCCGCCAGGCCCAAUGCCACCCUCACACCCGCCACGACCGCCCGCUCCUCGUGCACAGUUAGAUAAUCCUGCCUCCAACAGGCCCGUUAGACCCAUGUAUGUCCCUGCACCACCCAUUUCCAGUCACACAGAACGCCCGCAUGGUAUUCCCAGAUAUCCUGCACCAGGACAAAUGGUGCGUCCACCGUCAGUACGUCCACCCCACCCGCCACCUACCCCUUCCGGUGUUCACAAUGAAGGAAUGUCCGAUUUACAUUUAAAGGUUGCGUCGUAUAUUCGGCCUAAUGCAAAUGGACCAUCCGAAGCCAUGUUCGACGCAUACGCGCUUUUCUCACAUCGAGGGAACGAGCGUAGUCGUCCUAGCGAUUCUCGUCAGAAUAAUCGUCCAUCUUUGCAAGCAUCAGAUCGCCCGCGUUUUGCUAGACCCGGUGCUCGAGCGUCGAAGAAAAAGAAAAAAGCCGCAUCCGGUGGCCGUAAACUUUCCGCAAUCGCAGAUUUCCUUGGUGUUAAUGAGCCCCCUCCAAAUGCACCGAAACCUCCAGCCUCGACAGAGGCUGAAGUCCCCGCUCGCCCCGUUCCUCCCAUUUCAACCCCCACCUUAUCCUAUUUAGUCCCGGUCCCUAAUCUUACUCAGAAUGCAAUGUCUCCAAUAUCUCUCUAUAUCCCUAAUCUGAGCAAUCCUCGAGUGCAACCACUCCGUCCAACCACAACUCCCACCAAUCCCGGUCUCUCAUCCGGAGUUAUAGUUCCAAAUGCUGGACUGCCUCCCGCUUUGUUACCUACAAUUACCAACAAAUCAAAUUCAUCUCUUCUGGGUGCACCGGCCAAUUUGGAUGAAUUUUUGCGCAAGUUGCGAUCCACUUGA